AUUUAGCUCCCCAACCUCAAUUCAUGUGCAAUAGAAUACUCAAAAUUCUUGUACAAAUCCAACCGUUCUCACAGGUUAAAAAUUUUCUGCAAGGAGCAUUUCUAACAAACAACGAACGGAUCAAACCUAUGAACCUAUUCGAAACACAAAUAUCUUAACAAAAUCCAUCAAUUAGAUAGCACAUUAGAACAAUUAUCAUACUACUAAAAUAAAAUGGAAAUUACAAUAGCAGAGAUUUGAGUCGGUAGAAACAUCAUGUAAAAACAACUCUAAAAAUUUCGACAAACCGCGGGAUCAUAAAUUUAAGAUGCCUCCGAGGGUUUAUGGAAGAACUGAUCGAUCCUCCUCGUCCCCCGCGGCAGGGGCUUCUCCGCCGCCGCAGCUUUUGCCGCAACCGCCUCCUUUGGCGGCGGCGGAGGGGUCGGUUCGGAGAGGCAGUCGAGGAGGAAUUCGGCGGUGGGAGGGUGCUCGCGCGCGGCGGCGCGGACGUGCUCGGCGCGGAUGCAGCGCCGCUUCCGGCGGAGUGCGGCGUCGCGGGCGCCCGCGGCGAGGGAGGCGAGGAAGAGGUCGGCGCCGAGGGCGAUGAGGAGCGUCGCCUCCGCGCUCACCUUCGCGAUCUCCCGAUCCAUCCGCACGAUCCGCUUCACCUUCCCCAUCGGAAGCGACGGCCUCGCCCCUCCGCCAUUGAUCUUCUCUAUGAUGGAUUCUUUUGGGACCAGAAGCUCAAGCACUGCACCUACUUUGGAUUUCAUACAACAGAAAAUGGUGCAGCGAAGUAUGACUUUUCUCUUUGUUCCAAAAGUAAGCCUCAGCUUUCCCUCGACGAAAUGGCUUCUGGUGAACUGAAGACAACAUUAUGCUUUGAAUGGCCACAGUGGAGUUCUUCGAAGGUUGAGUUCCGAUACCUGCAUGAUUAUGCUGGAAUUGAUGCCAGUAUUGGGUUAGGCAAUCCAAUGGUUGGUUUAGCUGCUGCAGUCGGAACAGAUGCUUGCAUCGUGGGUGCUGACAUGGGAUUUGACAUGUCUACGGGAAAGAUUACGAGAUACAAUGCCCGGCUGGGCAUAGUUAAUGACGAUCUCAUUCAAUCAGUGGCUCUGAGCGAUAAAGGAGACAACUUGAGUGGGUCAUGCUACUUCCUGGUGAAUCCAAAGAGCCACGUGGCAGUCGGUGGGGAGCUAAGCUACCGAUUCUCAACCAAUCAGAGCACCGUGACCUAUGGGGCGCAAUUGGCCCUCGACCCUUGCACCAUGCUCAAGGUCCGCGUGAACAACCAGGGCAAAAUCGGCGCUCUAAUCCGGUACAACUGGCACCCAAAAUCAUAUAUUGCUAUUUCUGGCGAAAUCGACCGCAAUUCCGUGCUACAGGGCUCAAAGAUAGGCCUACACCUAGUCCUCUGAUGAAUGGUAAUACUUGAUACUAUUAUUUCACAUAUUAGAGUAACUAAGAUACAGUACAAGUAACUUACUAAAAUCUUUCAUCAGUAGUAGUGACCAGCAAAAUUUGGAGAGAUCACGGUGAUCAUAGUUCUCCAGGAACGAGAAAUUUUAUUGUCUAACACUUAAACUUCACUGUUAUCUGCUUAUGUUUUUGUUCCUUCUCUGCUUUGGAGCUUUCUGGUAAACAAUGAAAUACAGCUGCAUGAAUUGGAGGAUAAAAUACUUGGACAUAUUCAUACUUGCGUUCUUGAUCACAGCAGCUUUUGCUUUUGGUUGUGUUCGUUUAGAUUUGAAAUAAUUUUUAAUAAUUAAAGGGUGGUUUCAAUUGAGAAUCCUCUAGUAGGAAACGAAAGUUUUUGAUAGGCAAAAGUUAAUGAAAAGCUUCUUGAAUGCAUUUUCUGAUACUUGUUUUAUUAUAUUUGAAUUAUCGUAUGGCUUAGAUAUUGCAAAAUUUUGAAAUUAAAUCAAUGAAGUAGCACUGUAGUCACUUCCGUAUAUACUGUUGUAUCAUAUAUAUGUUAAGACAAAUUCUGAACUAUUUCCUAUUAUAUUGAUCUUUCGAGUAACAUGGUUUCAGAGUUGGCCCCAAGCCUCCUUGUUUUCAGGAGGUCUUGAGCUUGAUUCUUAUAUUUUCUAUUUUAUAGGGUCGUUUAUUUCUCUAGAUUAUUUUGUCAUCUUUUUUGUUAUUCUUUCGGUCAAUUUACCUGUUAUUUAUGAUUCAUUAAUUCCCAUCAUGCAUGUCCAUGGAAAUAUUUAGGUAUAUUCGUGGCUGCUUCCAACUAGAUCAAUUUUCCAAGUAAUAAUCUAU